UGCGGUAGUCUGACGGUCCGGUAAACUGGUUGUCGUCGUUGUUUUGAAUAUUUUGGUAUGUACGUUUCGCAUUCCUCAGUACAUUUUUGGAAUAACUUUCGAUAAUAUUUACACGCGUCCAUGAGCGAAGUGAACGCCUACUUGACUUUAUCAUUUAUCGAUAAAUCAAAUUUCGUUUCGUGUAUGAAUAUUGAACCCGAAAUUCACACGUUUGAGUAACGUUUGUUGGUAAUCGUAAACAUCAUCCUACCUACCUAUGUAAUAAUUAAUCUGACGGAUACUUUGAGAACAAUGCAAGAAAACACGACGAUGUGAACGCGACCGAUAAUGGAGGAAGGUAAAGACGUUUGAAAUUCGUUGCUACAGACGAUGAUCGUGCAUCUGUGAUCGAGAAUAAAAAUGCCAUUCAAGUUACGAUUGAGAAAAAACCGCCACCAGUACAAUGUCGUCUCAAAAUCACUAUUCGUCGUCGGAGUCGAACUUCUGGACAGCACAUCGGUCGAGUGUACGUUGGCGACCGAAUCUCUCGGAAGCGAAUGUUUGGAUAAUAUUUGCCAAAAACUCUCAUUCCAACAGCCUGAGUUUUUCGGAUUGAGGUACGUUUCUCGAAACGGAGCUCCUAGAUGGGUUGAAUUGGAUCGUCCAUUGAAACGGCAGCUGGAUAAGCAUUCGAUCAAGUACACGCUGUAUCUGAGAAUUAUGUAUUACGUCUCCGGUAUCAAUUUGUUGACCGACGAAAUGAUUAGAUAUCAUUACUUUUUACAACUCAAAUCGGACGUUAUAGAAGGACGAAUUAAAUGCAAUACAGAACAAGCUAUAUUACUCGCUAGUUAUAGUAUGCAAGCUGAAUUUGGCAACCAUGACGUUGAGAAACACACGCCGGAGUAUUUGAAAGAAUUCGUCUUGUUUCCAAAACACAUCAUCAACGGUCACCAAGGCGAAUUGACCGAAGCUGUUAUAUGUCAACAUGCAGCUUUAGCUGGUUUACCUCAAGGUACCGCCGAAGAAUAUUAUAUUUUAGCAGCUCAACAAUUAGAAGGAUAUGGACAGGAGACGUUCACCGCGAAAGAUGGAAGUAGUAACGAAGUAUUAAUUGGAAUUUCACUGACCGGAAUCACUGUUCGAAGUGACGUAUCCCGAUCUGCUAAAUUUUACAAAUGGAGAGAUAUUACCAACGUAGUUAAUCAUAAACGGUAUUUCGGUAUCGAGUGUCAGAUCCCCGAAGAAACUGUGCAUUAUCAGUUUGCUGACGUAGAAUCGGCCAAAUACGUUUGGCGUAUGUGCGUUCAUCAGCAUACAUUUUUCGCCCAAAACGGCCAAUCAGCUGAUCAAGGCAAUGCAGCGGAAAUCGUCAGAGCUUUGUUGUCCAGAAAUACACCUGAUGAAUUGCAUUUGAAUAGCAGCCACGAAGAAAUAGACGGAGAUUAUAAAAUGGACGAGCAAGUUUCAAAUAGAAAUAUGAAAAUGAUCGAAGAAAAUUCAAAUAUGGGAUGGGAAAGGCAAAAAGCACAAUCUACCUCUUGUCUAGACCUUUCGUCAGCUCAUCCGGAAAUUGAUCGAUUGAGAGCUUUACUGCCCGGUUACCGUCAAGCUCCAGAUUACGAGACGGCUAUUCAAAAGAAAUACCAUAACCACCGUAAUGAAAUUGGUAACGUUAUACCGAAUCCAGUACUGUACAGUAGUCAUCCAGAUAUUCAUUCGGCGGCUCAUCUGCAGCAACACAAUCAUAUUUAUAAGCAUUAUCCUGACGGCGCUCACAUAGAUCGAUUAUAUAGAUCGGAGCACGUACCAGUACCUCGUGUGGAUCCGGCCAUUCACACGUAUAGCACUCCUGAAUUGGAUACCGUUACCAAUAACCUUAUCCAAGGUAUGCAAAUGAUGCAUUUAUACAAACCGCCCCCACCUUACCCGAUUAAUAGACCGAGUAGCAAUAGUACUCCAGAUUUGGCGUCGCAGACAUUCGCUCAUCCUAGUCAUUAUAUUAUAAGUUCGCAGGUCAGCGGAUCAAGCCCAGAUUUGGUAUCAUCUCGGUCACCGUAUAAUUUGCCAUACACCGAUUAUCGUAAUUCGCAGUAUUCUAACAUGUUACCUAGCGGCGAAGCCCAUCGAACAUACGCUGAUUUAGCUACGCUGGAUCCUCAACAAAGAAUAAAUGAUCUGAAAGCUAAACUAGUUCCGGCCAGUUUGUACAUGAAGAGACAAAACGGAGGUGUUUUCUCGCCAGCUCCUGUCACACCGUACAUGGUCGGCAGCAAUCCUUAUAAUGGCGUUGGUAACAUCUCCGAACCUAUUUACGAAAACGUUCCUCUACCAUGGCCACCACCAUCGCAACAACAGCAUUCGAUCGACACCUCGAACAACAUAUCAGGACUAGGUAGCAGCAGUAAUGGAAUCGCAGUCGGUCUCAGCGCUAGUGGCGGUGAAUCAGCUAGCAUGGUCGAAAGUCGUAGCAGAGCUUCCAGUAUACAAUCAGCUCCGGAAAUGAGCACGGUGACGAUAACUACAACAACGGCAUCUAGUUCAAAUGGUCCUUCAAUGACAACAGAUCGAAAUAACGUAACGAAUGUUACCAUAACAUCGGCAGCUUCUGCGACAAUUGACGAAAUGAAAGUUUCGGUUUCGGGUACUGGCAGCAGUAUUGGUAGCGGAGACGCUAAUAAAAGUAUCUCGUUCUCGAAUCCGUCUUCUACGUCGUCGUCGUCCAGACUUACUUCGGCUAAUCAUUCGGUUAAUACGUCUUUCGAUUCGUCUCAUUUUGAUAGCAAUCAGUCCGGAACUUUGAACAAGGAUCGAGGAGCUGGUCAGAAAGGACGUCGUAAAUGGGGCGGAAUUCUCGGCGGUACCAAACACAAGCAUGGUAAUCGUCGCGACGAUGCUAUGGUUAACGGAGUUCGGGCAGGUGCAGGGUUACACGAUACCCUACCCAAACAUCCGUUACCGACUACUAUCUCUAAAGAAGCUAUGUGUCAAUUAUUGGAACGUAAAUUAGAAGAUAGUCAAUUGAUAUUCGAAUUCGAGAAAAUUCCCAGGUUCAAAAGCAACGCUGAUUUUACCACCGCUCAUCUACCGGAGAAUAAUAAUCGAAAUAGGCAUAAAGAUAUUUUACCAUACGAAGAAAACCGUGUACGUUUAAGUCCUACCAAAGAAAACAAACACGGAUACAUUAACGCUUCCAAUAUCACGGCUUCGGUUGGGAACGAACAAAAAUUCUACAUAGCUGCUCAAAGUCCCCUCCCAUCGACAGUUGGUCACUUUUGGCAAAUGAUCUGGGAAACAGACGUUUAUCUGGUGGUAAAUUUAGGCGAUUUAAACGACUCCAACACUGUUCCUUAUUAUCACUCUACGUUAACGGAUAAACCUUUCGAGAGCGGAGAGUUUCAAAUCUGGAGUCAGUUUUCGCAAGAGACCGGGCAUUGUAUUACGACUAAAUUACGAGUAUUUCAUAGCUCGUCCAGACGUGUUCGAGGUAUUUGGCAUUUACAGUACACCGAAUGGGUAAACGACGGGUGUCCCAAAGAUGUAGCUCAUUUUUUGGAUUUACGUAUUCAUCUCUCUGCUUGGUCGGAUAAUGGAACGUUGAGAUAUCAACAUUUUUGUGAUAAAGGGGAAGAAAGUAAAAUAUAUUCAAUUUCGAUGACGUUUGAAUAAUUCUUAGUAAUUUUUUGUAAUUCAAGUAAUUAUUGCAAAAUGUUGUUGGAAUUUUGAGACGUAUUACUUACUUAUUUUAUAUACACUAACCGGCCACACUGCCUUUUCAGCGUUCCGAAUCCGAGGGGUUGUCCUUAAACUGACAGCGAUCGUUCAUCAAACACUUGUUUUUGCCAUGUUGCCAAUAAUAGGCAUCUUUAGCAUUUUGUCAACAAUCACCAAAACACGAUCAAAAUCAAAACUUAUCGCUGCCAGUGUAAGGACACUCAUAACGAAGCCCUGCCUUUAGUUAAGAUUGUUGAAGUUUUGCUUUUUGCUAAAAAUCGCAAAAUUUCGCUAAUAGAUAAAAAAUCUAUCAGUCUCAUUUUUUCGCUCAAAAAUCAUAAGAAAGUGUCGUUUUUUUGCCUCAAUUGCCAAAAGGUUGAAAUAUGCAUAUUUUUUUGGCAAAAAAACUCGUAAAAAUUUUGCUUUUUGCCAAAAAUUGGCAAAAAUUCUUGCUUUUCAGCAAAAUAGCUAAUAAAUUUCAAUGUUUUCCAAAAAUUUUGCAGAAACCACGUUUUGUUUGUUUCAAAACGAAAGGUUAAAAAAAUCUCGCUUUAUUGAUGGAAAUUGUAAAAAAUGUCAUUUUUCAACUGAUGAGUAAAAAUUUACGAAAAAAAGUCCUGCUUUUUGCUAAAAUUAUCAAGAGUUGCCUUUGAGCAAAAAUGGAAAAUUUUUUUCUAGGACUACCCAAAAGUCUUGUUUUUUUGCCAGAAACUGCCAAAAAAUAUCACUUUUUGCUAAUAUGUAUUUCCAAAAAACAUGUUUUUUGCUAAAAUAGUCAAAAGUUUUCUUUUUUUCAAAAAUGGCUAUAAAUUUUGUUUUUUGCCAAGAAUUCCAAUAAGUCCAACUCUUUUUCAAAAAUUAUCUAAUAGUCCAGCUUUUUGCCAGAAAUUUCCAAAAAUCCUUUUGCUAAAAUUUUCGAAGUCUCGCUUUUCGUCGAAAUUUGGCUUCUUGCCAGAAAUUGCAAAAAUUCUCACUUUGCAGGCAAAAAUUACCAAAAACUACAAGUUGUGCCUUUUUUUUUGCCAAAAAGUUGCAAAAUACUUGAUCUAACUUUUUAAAAUUAUCAUCAGGUUUUUUAGGCCAUUUUUUUCUACAGAAAAGUGUUUUGCAACUACAUAUUUUGCCUAAUUUUCUAAGCGUUUUUGGUGUCUGAAGUUGAGAAUUUUUUUUUUUUGGAAAAAAUCGAAUAAAGAGUCCUGGUUUUACUUUUCUGCUAAAAUUCCCAAAAAGUUCUGCUAUUUUCAUUGUUUCAAUACAACUUAUUCUCUUCUAACGGAAUUCA